AUGCCACUGCUAUCCAAUGGCCAAUAUCGCGCCCAUGACCUCCAUCAGAAUAUCGGAGAUCUAAGCGACAAUACAGGGAAGAAGCCUGCAAGCUCACAUCGACACAGCCAGCAUUCAGGCAUGGCAAAGACGGCAAUCAUGAGCCAUUUCUCGACAUCAAGCACAGAAAGCAUUCGUACAUCAGACGCCGAAAGAGCAAAGGCUCAACAGUCUCACGGGAGUGGUCCUAAUGAGGGCCUGCUGACAAGUCCUUCCAAUGGUGCGAAAAAGGCUGGUGUCGUGGAUGGAAAGGCCUUGAGCGACACCCCUUGUAGCACACCAGCCACUACAACGCCGAACAGCCCGAUAAUCCCGCCGAUACGCCGCGAUUCAGGAUCUCCUCGAUUGCGCCCUCGGGCCGCUACUACACUUGACAUACCAGGCCUUACAAAAUCCAAAGUUUCGCCGGACGGAAAAAUCUCGCAAAGAGAUGUAGGCUCGAAGCUUGUGAUUGUCAUGGUGGGUUUACCUGCUCGUGGUAAAAGCUACAUCACCAAGAAGCUCGCGCGCUAUCUGAAUUGGUUACAGCACGACACAAGAAUCUUCAACGUGGGCGAAAGGCGGCGUGGCGUGGCUGGUCCAUCGGUGACGAGGUCAAAGACGGAUCGUCAUUAUCAGACCAUUACGUUGAGAGAGAUCAGUAUGGUGACAGCUUCGUUGAACGGCCUUCUUCGUGAACAGAAUCUCACCACGCCACCAACCUCACCCUCCACUCGGAUCCUGAUCAACGGAGAUAUGCCCCCUGAAACGCCACCUCUCGAGAGAUUGCCCCCAGCCGCACUUGAAAUGUCGGAAAGUAAGGCUAACACCGAGGCGGACCAUCUUGAAUGUCCUGAUGAGGAAGCAAGAGCUGAUGCUGGAGAUCCGUCACCUGGUCAAUCCUUGGAACAGACGGCCAGCUUUUUCGACCCAAGCAAUGAGAAAGCUGCCAGUAUUCGGGAGCAGGUUGCAAUGGAGACUCUUGACGAAAUGUUGGACUACAUCCUGGAUCGAGGAGGAUCUGUAGGAAUCUUUGAUGCCACGAACAGCACUCCCAAACGUCGCAAAGCCAUCAUGGACAGGGUUCGGGCAAGAGCCGGGCCCGAUUUGGGCAUUCUCUUCCUUGAGUCAUUGUGUAUUGAUGAGACACUCCUGGAAUCUAAUAUGCGUUUGAAGCUUUCUGGUCCUGACUACAAGGAGCAAGAUCCAGUCCUGGCCUUGGAAGACUUUAAAAAGCGUGUAUCGAUGUAUCGAAAGACCUACGUAUCACUUGGAAAUUAUGAGGAGGAGAACAACAUGCAAUAUAUUCAGAUGAUCGACGUGGGUCGGAAAAUCAUAUCUCAUCAGAUACGAGGAUUUCUGAGUGCACAAACCAAUUAUUUUCUAUUGAAUUUCAAUUUGGCGCCUAGACAGAUCUGGAUUACAAGGCACGGUGAAUCUAGAGACAACAUCAUGGGAAAGAUUGGGGGCGACUCCGACCUCACUGAAGGAGGUCAUGCAUAUGCAAAGACCCUGACGGCCUUUGUCAAGGAUCAGCGUGAAAUUUGGGAGGUUCGACAGCAAGACAAAGCUGUCUCUACUCAUUUUCCUCCUCAGCCUGGCGAUACUACGCCUCCGAAUCCUGAAUAUUCAACAAGCGAAAGUCAGGAUAGUGUGAAAAGCUUUUGUGUGUGGACCUCGAUGCUCAAAAGAAGCAUACAGACGGCUCAGUAUUUCGAUGAAGAAGAGUUCGAGAUUAAACAAAUGAGGAUGCUUGACGAGUUGAAUGCAGGCAUUAUGGAAGGCCUCACAUACGAAGAUAUACGGCAAAAGUAUGCUGCAGAUUACGAGCUUAGGAAACGAGACAAACUACACUACCGAUACCCAGGUCCGGGAGGGGAGGGUUACCUCGACAUCAUCAAUCGACUCCGGCCCGUGAUUCACGAGGUGGAGCGGAUGACUGACCAUGUUCUCCUAGUCGGCCAUCGGUCUGUAGCAAGAGUGCUUCUGGCCUACUUUAUGGGCUUGAAGCGGGAGGAUGUUGCAGACUUGGUUGCUCCCUUGGGAAUGUUGUACAUGCUUGAACCGGUGAGUAAAACACGAGAGGUGAGGCGAAGACAGUCACUAACAGCUCCAAGAAACCCUAUGGGGUCGAGUUUAAGGCAUAUCGGUAUAAUGCAGAGACCGAGUGGUUUGACCUUGUCCCAGAUUAUGAGUUACAGGCGACUAAACAACAGACCUCUUACUGACUAG